GGGAUUCAGUGUGAUGGAAAAAUGUCGAAAUGCAAAUAGUGAACUCAAAAAAUAUCGGAAGAAAUGGCGUGUCCUGAAAAUGGCCACUCUAAUCACUUGCAGUUCAUUGUUAUUGUUUUAUAAUUCUUAUAAAGUAGGUUUUUAUCUAGUAGUAAUAGAAAUGAGAAUUAGUUGAUAUAAACGUCUUAGAAGAAUUGCAUGGAGAACUAUCAUAUAGUUAAAAUUCUAUUGUUAUAGGUGAAGUUGUUUCAUCUUCAACAGCUGGAGCUUCAUAA